UCUGGAAUCUCCACUGCAUUCGAUCUUCUUCUCGUUCGGUUUUCCACCUUCUAAAACAAGACAAUCUUAUUUUGAGCCUAAAUCUCAACUAUGGACAAGCACCCAGGCUCCAACACGAUCAACCCCGCAUCCUACCAUGGGAAUCCGGCCGCACGGUGUUCGGACCGAGGAGUUGGCGGUUCGUGUCCGCACAGCCUGGGCUCAGAGGCAGGCACCGCAGGCAGCCGUGGUGGGGUGUCCGGGGGCAGCGCGUCUACUCCGCAUCAAACCCACAAGCGGCGCCUGGAGGGGGUCCUCAAUAAAUACACCAACCUGCUACAGGGAUGGCAGAACAGGUAUUUUGUGUUGGAUCCAGACAUGGGUCAGCUGCAGUACUUUGUGAAUGAGCACAGUAAGAAUCAGAAGCCUCGGGGAUCUCUGCCUCUCAUAGGGGCCUCUGUGGCCCUCAGCGAUGAGCUACCGCACAUGUUCACAGUCCACUCUGCCACUGGAGAGGCCUACAAACUCAGAGCUUCGGACACUGGGGAACAGCAGCUGUGGAUGAGUCAGAUGCAGCUCUGUGCCCGGCGCCACUCUGACUCCAGUGCCAAGGUGAUGACCCAGGCAGAGGGCCAACAGAAGAACCUGGUUAACUCCAUAGAGUCCCUGCCCUCCCGUGGUCCUCUGUCCUCCUUAGACCAGGACCUUCUUCUCCUCAAGGCCACGUCAGCAGCUACCCUCUCCUGUCUGGGGGAGUGUCUCCACAUGCUGCAACACAAUGUCAGCCAGGCCGCGCAGCAUGUCACCCUGGGUCGCUCAGACAGCCAGGACCGGAGUCAGAGCCCCAUCCACAAACAGACGUCCAGCCAGAGUAACAGCAACAUCUCCAGUCAGACUCACAACCACAACCACAACCAGUUCAAGAAGCAGAUGAGCCUGGAUCCCAACCAUGUUCCCACCGCACCAACAGACAGCUUCUCAGGAUGGUCUAGAUCUCCCUCAGAGAAGCAGGUGACCAGUAGAGGAGGGACACCUCUUCCACACAUUCCCUCUCCAGCACACAUCAACAAGGAGGUGGUCAGCAACUCUGUGCCCCAGCAGGCCCCUCCCACCCCAGAGUCUAUAGACCCCAGUGAAGAGAUGACAGACACAGAGGACAACGAGGAAGAGGACCUGGGAGUCAGAGAGGACCAACGGAACAUUAUCCUUCACCUGCUGUCGCAGCUCAAACUGGGCAUGGACCUCACACGGGUGGUACUCCCUACCUUUAUCCUGGAGAAGCGUUCCCUCCUAGAGAUGUACGCUAACUUCAUGGCUCACCCAGACAUGUUCCUGACCAUCACCACGGGAACCACCCCAGAGGAGCGCAUCGUCCGAUUCGUGGAAUACUACCUGACCGCCUUUCACGAGGGGCGCAAGGGUGCCGUGGCCAAGAAACCCUACAACCCCAUCCUGGGAGAGAGUUUCAGGUGUUCCUGGGACGUCCCCCGAGAGAGAGUCCACCCACCGAGGACCAUGAGCUCUGUUCCAAACACUAACACGACACCCACUUCAAACCCCGCCCCUAACCCCACCUCUUCCUCUAGAGGCUCUUCCCCUAACCCCGCCUCUUCCUCUAACCCCGCCUCUUCCUCUAACCCCGCCUCUUCCUCUAGAGGCUCUUCCCCUAACUCCGCCUCUUCCUCUAGAGCCUCCCGCCGGACAGGGACGGAGGGCGGGGGUGCUCAGACAGAGGACUGUUACCGGGUAAGGUUCGUGGCGGAGCAGGUGUCACACCACCCACCCGUCACUGGGUUCUACUGCGAGUGUAAAGAGAGGAACAUGUGCGUCAACACCCACGUCUGGACCCGAAGCAAGUUCAUGGGCAUGUCCAUCGGAGUGUCUAUGGUCGGGGAAGGUGUUCUACAUCUGUUGGAGCAUGAUGAGGAGUAUGUGUUCACUCUGCCCUGUGCCUACGCCCGCUCCAUUCUUACCGUACCCUGGGUGGAGCUGGGAGGGAAAGUCAACAUCAGUUGUGCCAAGAGUGGAUACUCUGCCACCGUUACCUUCCAUACUAAACCCUUCUAUGGAGGAAAGAUACACAGAGUGACAGCGGAGGUGAAGCACAACCCGACGGGGACCAUAGUGUGUAAGGCCCAAGGGGAAUGGAACGGUACCCUGGAGUUCACCUACAGCAGUGGAGAGACCAAGGUCAUCAACACCUCCAAGCUGCCUGUCAUCAGGAAGAAGAUACGCCCCAUGGAGAAACAGGGACACUACGAAUCACGGCGUCUGUGGCAGCAUGUCACCUCAGCUCUGAGAUCAGGAAACAUUGACUCUGCUACAGAGCACAAACACUGUCUGGAGGAGAGGCAGAGAGCAGAGGGCCGACAGAGAGCUGCCUCCAACACACCCUGGACACCCAAGUACUUUGUCAAGGAGGGCGAAGGCUGGGUGUAUCACAACCCCUUGUGGAAGACCCACUGACGAGGGGAGGGACCUCGGGGGGAGGGGCAACGUGCCAGCUGCCAAUCACAGCACGGCGAGCGGCCCGCUGGUGGUCAUGGCAACACACAGGGGACCAGCUAGCCGGGCCGCUAGAGAAUAGAGGAAAUGCAACAAGGGGCCUGUGUUCCAAAUGGGACCCUAUUCUCUAUAUAGCGGACAACUGCAGAAAGAGUGCACUACAUAGGGAAUAGGGUGCUAAUUUUCAGGAGGAGCUUGUGUCUCAGUCAUUCAAUAAGAAUGAGAGGUGCCAAAGACUCUCAGAGGGACAAGAACUACAGUCAAGACAGGAGAAGCUCACUGAGUUUCCCUGUCAGAAGCUGACCUGCUACCACACGAUACAGGAAACUCGGCGGCCAUUUUGGAACCAGGAAGAGAUUGGUUAGGGACAGAAGAUGAGCGUGACCGUUGGUGGUCAAAGAUAGCUGAACAAUUAUGUAGCUUUUAAAAAAAUAUAUAGUAGAAUCUAAAUACCAGAAGAAUAUAUUACAUUCACAUGUUUCUUCCUUCACUUUCAAUUUGUUUGCACAGGUUCUGUAGCUGUCUCCACUGUUAUUACCCAGUAGGCCACAGGAGGGGUUGUCCUUCCAGCUGUCUCCACUGUUAUUACCCAGUAGGCCACAGGAGGGGUUGUCCUUCCAGCUGUCUCCACUGUUAUUACCCAGUAGGCCACAGGAGGGGUUGUCCUUCCAGCUGUCUCCACUGUUAUUACCCAGUAGGCCACAGGAGGGGUUGUCCUUCCAGCUGUCUCCACUGUUAUUACCCAGUAGGCCACAGGAGGGGUUGUCCUUCCAGCUGUCUCCACUGUUAUUACCCAGUAGGCCACAGGAG